AUGGUUAUCAAAAGGAACUCCUCUAUAAGCAGUUUUUUUAUUCGCAUCCUUUUCCUUUUCCUCAUCUCCUCUUUGCUCUUGUCCAUCGUCGCCGCUGCUGAUCCAUCCGAUGAACCAGACUCGGAAAUCUCGACUAAAAGCAAUUCGUCUCACGCGUCCAGCACGAAUGCAUCACACCACCACAGCUCAUUGUCCAGCAGCACUUCACAUCAUGCAUCCAAUAGCGUGUCGAUAAGUGAUGAAGCAUCGAGUACUAUCACAGCAGCUGCCACCGAGGAAACGACAAGUGCAAAAGACGAUGAAGAUCAAGAAGAGGAUGAGGACGACAGCACUACUACUACAACUACUACAACAACAACUACAUCAAAGGAUUUUUGGGGAAAGGUGUCCGAUUUUUUUCAUGGAUCCGAUUCUGAAGAAACCAGCACCACCAACACACCAUCAGAAACACCUUCUACAAAUGACGAUGAUGAUGAUGAUGAUCCUGAUGAAACGACCAGCACAACAACAACAACGACAAAAUCUCAUUCAUCUUCGUUAUCCGAAUCGAGUGAGAGUAAAUCCACCCCCACCACUACCACGCACCAUUCUUCUUCAUCAGCAUCCAAAAGCGAAGAGCCUGAAGAAUCCACUACUACAACGAUCAAAGGUAGCAGCAGCAAAUCUUCAGAUGAUGAUGAUGAAUCGGAGUCUAGCACAGUAAAGGAAUCACCGACGCCAUCAUCCAGCAACUCGGAUAAAGAUGACACAUCUUCUACGACCAAAAAGCCAAAGAGCACUGAACAUUCAUCUUCCAUCUCAGCAAGUGAAUCAGCAUCCACCACUGAACAAGGCGCUGUUGAUAGUUGGUUCUCAAGUGUUUUUGCGACUCCUACUCCUACUGAAUCCAAUGAUGGUGGUGAUGAUGAUGAUCAAUGCAAUGGCGACGAUAAAAGUUGUUCAUCAGCUACACCUACAGCCUCCAAGAGCUCUAGCAAAUCUGGUGCUGAAUGUGAUGAAGAUGAUGAAGAUUGUUCAACUACAAAGCCGACGCCCACAAAAUCAUCAGCUAAAUGUGAUCCAGACGAUGAAGAUUGCGAAUCAUCAUCAUCAGCCACUCCUACGCCAUCUGCUUCUUCUUCUUCUUCUUCAUGCGACGAGGAUGAUGAGGAUUGUUCAGCUAAACCUACACCAAGUAAAAAGCCCUCGCCUAGCCUUACUGAUUCCAAUGGUUGCCCUCUUAUGACCUAUGGCUCAGUCAGCGGUUGCUCUGUAGGUGCCAGCAAAACACCCACUUUUUCUAAUGGUGCCAGCAGCCAUCAUCCUUCGAUUACGCCCAUGCCAUCAGCAUCAGCAUCAAGUGGAAAUGAUGAUGAUGAUGAUGAUGAUGAAACAUCGACAACACGCUUUUGGACUGCUACAUCUUCACCCAAGCAUAGUGGCAGCAUGAGCAAGAGUCACCAUGGAGAUGCCGAACCAACAUCCAUUGCUUCGGGUUGGUCAUCAUCGUAUAGUUCUUAUGAGCCAUCUUCGACGCCUAUCGAUGGUGAUGGUUGGAGUUCUUCGUAUAGCAGUGAGACAUCUACGACCACAACCAAGAUGAUUACAUGGCAUGGAUCACAAACACAUAAACCAACAGCAUCAAUGUCAUCGGGAUCUCUUUCUAACAGCGCCACUGAAACACCUUCUUCGAGCUUUGAGCCAUCGGAUGGUGGUGGUGGUGAUGAAGAACCCACUGAAACGGAGGAGCCUACACCUACAUCCACUGAGGAAUCUUCUAGUAGCAUCACUGAUGAGCCCACGGAGACUGAGACGCCUACUUCCACUGAUGAAGAAUCCACCACCGAUGAGCCCACAGAGACGGAGACACCUACAUCCACUGAUGAGCCUACACCAACACCGACGACCACCGAAGAAGAGACCACAACAACUUUUUCACCAUCGUCGACAUACAAAUAUCAAACGUAUUCAUGGUUAUCCAACACAUUCAGUAUCCCAUUGGAUCCAGAGCCUACUACCACGACCACAACCACCACCACAACUACCACUGAGGAUGUUGAUCCAACCCAUACAUCUGAUGACACCGAUAGUACAACUAGUGUUGAUGAAACAACCACAACAACCACCACUACGACUACUACGACCACCGCUACGCCUGCACCAUCACCAACCGAUGAUAGUUUGCCAGAGUACAUUGCACCCAACAUUGAUGCUAUUAUCCCAGAUUCAAGCGAGAUUGUAUCAAUGAAGUUCAACUACUUGUCGUAUCCACAAAUGGUGAAUGAUGCAUUAUUGACGGCUGAGUUUGUGCAAUCAUUGCCGGUGAUGAUUAGUGGUUCACUCAAUGUAUCGGCGGAUGAUGUUAUCGUGGUGAGCAUUACAUCGGCUGAAGGAAAAGGAGGCAACAACAACAACAAACGACGUCGAGAUCUGGAAUCAAGCGAAUCCAAGUCCAAUUCGGGAGUCCUUGUUUCUAUGGCUAUUCCAUCGACUCAUGUACCACAGUUGCAACAAAUGGUUUCUACUACAGACAGCAGCUUGUACGACAGCUCGAAUGGCCAACUCGCAUCUUUGAUUGACAGCUCAUAUUUUGUGGCAUCACCUUCCAACUCAGACCCCAAUGUUAGCCAUGAUAAUGAUGGCAGUGGCGGUAGUGGUAGUGGUAGUAGCAACAGCAGCAAUGGUGACGGCAACUCAUCCACACCUUCGGAUCCUAAUGACCCCAAGGAAUCUGGAACCACGGCUUCUGAACAAGAUGGUAGCCAUACAAGUGGUAGUUCAUCGUCAUCAGGUGGAUUAUCUACAGGAGCCAUUAUUGGUAUUGCCGUAUCCUGUGGUGUUGUUGUUUAUGCAGUGGGCACGGUGCUUGUGAUUCGUCGCUAUCGUCAACGUCGAGAUCAACGGCAACGACAAGAAGCAGAACAGCAUCAAAUCUUUGCUCAAAGCAUCUCAGCGCCCAUCAUGCAAGAAAAUUCACUUGGUUGGAGCUCUGCACCGCCACCUUUACAACACGCGUAUCCAUCUCAUCAUCCACAAUGGUAA